GAUCCCUCCAUCUCUUUCUCUCUCUUCACUUCUUACCACUCAAUCGAAGAGGGAGUUAAAGAGUAUUCCUACUACAAUGGCCGAUCAAGAGAACUGUGUGAGGCUCACCCGGGCUGCUAGGAAAAGAGCGGCAUUAGGUAAUGCUGAAGAGCAGCCCCCCAGCAAGAAGCGAGUAGUGUUGGGAGAGCUACCCAACUUGUCAAACGUCGUCGUUUCAAAGAAUCCAAGUUUGAAGAGCGAGCCGCAGAAGCCUAAAGGUAAAGCUAAGAAGAAAGUUAAGAAGGCUCUUUUGCCGACAACCACCAAGAACGACGAUGUCGAAGGAAAGGUUGAUAUUGAUGCCAAGUCGGACGAUCCACAGAUGUGUGGGCCAUAUGUUUCAGACAUUUACGAGUAUCUUCAUACCAUGGAGGUGGAUCCAAAGAGAAUACCUUUACCUGAUUACAUUGAGAAGGUUCAGAAGGAUGUUAGUGCAAAUAUGCGAGGAAUUUUGGUGGAUUGGUUGGUAGAAGUUGCUGAGGAAUACAAGCUUGUAUCAGAUACCCUGUAUCUCACAAUUUCCUAUAUUGAUAGAUUUCUUUCAUCGAAUGUUCUUAAUAGGCAAAAACUUCAACUACUUGGCGUUUCUUCUAUGCUCAUUGCCUCAAAGUAUGAAGAAAUCAGCCCUCCGAAUGUGGAAGAUUUUUGCUACAUUACAGAUAAUACGUACACUAAAGAUGAGGUGGUGAAGAUGGAGGCUGAUACACUCAAGGCCCUGAAAUUUGAACUUGGCAAUCCCACAAUAAAAACAUUUUUAAGGAGGUUCACCAGGGUUGCACAAGAAGAUUAUAAAGCUUCCAAUUUGCAGCUAGAGUUCCUUGGAUACUACCUUGCAGAGUUGAGUUUAUUGGAUUAUGCUUGUGUGAAGUUUUUACCUUCUUUGAUAGCUGCAUCUGUUAUAUUUCUUGCACGAUUCAUAAUUCGUCCAACAAGGCAUCCUUGGAGUUCUGGUUUGCAGCAAUACACCAGCUACAAACCAUCUGAUAUAAGAGAGUGUGUUCUUAUCAUACAUGACUUGUAUUUGAGCAGAAGGGGAGGUAGUUUACAAGCUGUAAGAGAAAAAUACAAGCAGCAUAAGUUCAAAUGUGUGGCAACCUUGCCUUCUUCUCCAGAGAUACCUGUUUCUUACUUUGAAGAUAUUAAAGUUUGAAGUUGAUUGCAGUUAUGGUUUUCAAACUAAUCAUCGUAUUUGACUUGGUUGGAGAGGAUUGAAAAUGAGUUGCAAAUGAGUAUUCUAACUCCCAGAAGAUUGGUUUUUGGUUAGCUUUUUGCUAAUCUUAAUUGAUGGAAAGGAUCUUUGAAGUAAAUUGUUUGCCAUGAAAUGCUGUGGUGCCAAUCAUGUCAGAGCUAUUGAUUUUUUAAGACUUCUGUGAAAUGUAUGUGGCGCUGCUAGCCAAAGCAACUACUAAUAGUGAUCAUGGAAGAUAAUUUUUUACUUUGGGUAAAGGCUUGUAAUUUAGAAAGGAAUGCUGGUGGGCUUGCGUAACAGAUACAUUGCUGAUUGGUUUUAGUAGCUUUUUAUUUGAACUGCUGAAUAGUCCUGAAGGAGAUGAGUUCUUAAUCCAUUUUUGAAUUA